AUUUUCAUCGGGUGCUAACCUUGCUUGCAGGGUAGUUGCCAAGGCCUCGGAAGACUUCGAAAAAAUGGAAGAAAGAGACAAGGAAAAGGCGAAAGGAAGCGAGAGAUGGACUGCAGCGAUCACGAAUUUAUCAGAGAUAGCGGCUAAUCUCGAUUCACUUCAGAAGCUACUAAUGAAGAAGGCUGUAUAUGUUGACGAAGAGACUUUCGCCAAAGCCUCUCUCAGCUCUGAGCAAGCUCGAACUAUCAAGGUUCUUGAACAAAGAGUUGAGACCUUGGAACGGGAGUUAGAUGCUGCCAUAUCUGCUGCAGCCCGUGCACGAAAUGAAAAACGACAGGCUGAGGCAGCACAGAAAGCUGCCGAACUACGUGCUUUGGAGGUUACGAGAGAGCUUGAGAACACUACAAAAGUAUUUGAAUUGCACAUGGAAGAGUUGCGAGCAAAGCAAGAAGAAAUUUCUAAGCGGGACAAUGAAAUUAAGCUCCUAGAAGCUAUAAUUCAGACACUCGGAGGCAGAGAGUCACUCAAAUGAUUAAGAUCCAUCUUAUCACUCCAGUAUGUUGUUCAUUCUUUGCUGGGAAACGAAUAGCAGGAUGUCUGUAUACGUCUCUUCAUGUAUAUUACUAAUUCUUGGAAGGAGUUCUGGAGAAGUAAUUCUGAAAAUAUAACCGUUCUCCAUUUUCCAAAAACUACUCUAUUCUGCUUAACAUCUUAUUAACCUGGUUGACUUCCACGAUCCUAGUAUACCACUUGUGCCUAGAUGGCUAUUGUUUUCGUGAUUGUUAUUGGUCCAAUAACAUAAUUCAUUGUUGCUCCUUGUCUGGAGAUUGUUAUGCA